CAGCUGAGGUUCGGCCGGUCCCCGGCCCAUCCGCCGCAGCCGUGGUGGCAGCCCCGGGAGGAGCACUGGCGUCCGUUUCCUUCGAUUCUCGGGAUUUGAAGAUGGCUGCACAGUCAGCGCCGAAAGUUGUGCUAAAAAGCACCACCAAGAUGUCUCUAAAUGAGCGGUGGUUCAUCUCCCUCCACACCAGACAUCUCACUUGCUUCUUUUUCUCUGCACUUUGGAUUGCCUUUUUGAUCUCAAUCCCUCAACACCUUUUCUUCCAGAAGAGCUUAAAGCAGCGCCUGGGUAAGAGUAACAUCCAGGCACGGUUAGGCCGACCCAUAGGGGCCCUGGCCAGGGGAGCAAUCGGAGGACGAGGCCUGCCCAUAAUCCAGAGAGGCUUGCCCAGAGGAGGACUACGUGGGGGACGUGCCACAAGAACCCUACUUAGGGGCGGGAUGUCGCUCCGAGGUCGGGGUAUGAUAGGUCGGGGAAGAGGGGGCUUUGGAGGACGUGGACGUGGACGUGGACGAGGGAGAGGUGCCCUUGCUCGCCCUGUGUUGACCAAGGAACAGCUGGACAACCAGUUGGAUGCAUACAUGUCAAAAACGAAAGGACACCUGGAUGUAGAAACCACAGGCAAGAUCAGUCAGGAGCCCUUGGGAGAGAUAAAGGCUAACUCAAGUACAGGCCUCAUGGACCUGGACCCUUCUUUCGUCUUCAACACUGUCACUACUCUUAUCAACUGGGCUUCCACUUCCAAGGCCUAA